AUGGAUAAACUCUUCAUUUUGAGAGCAUACAACACACGCACGAUGCGGUCAUCUCAGAAACGAGGACGGUUCGAAAAAGCUCUGAUGAUGAGAGCGACUUUGUUUCUGCGAACGCGACGAGAGAACACUUUUCAUCGUCGUCGUCGCGAUAAUAUCAGCAGCAGCAGCAUCACCCUCCGCGCAGAGGACACGCGAGACCAACGGAACGCACCGUUUUCCCCUCACGGUGAGAGGACGCGGACGACGACGAAACAGACGCAACAGAGAGCGUUACACUAUGAAAACGUCCUCCUCGUUUUAAAAGAAACCGCGUUGCUGAAAUACACCUCCUUAGUCGGCGCGGCGGAAACGAACGAGAGAUACGGAGAUUCGUACGAAAAUGUCGUCCGCUGGGACCGAUUGAAAGCGAGACACGAAACGCACGAGAAGGCGGUUUUGAAAGGUACGCGAUUACUACUGUUCUUAUUUUCGAGUAUUCUUACUAUUCUUAUUCUUAUUACGACGACAUUAACGUUAACAACAGUGCAAACGUUCUUGAAAAAAUGGCAAGAAGAGAGCGGCGGAAAGCUUAAAUACGCGCUCGUCAAACGAGAUUCGCUCUCGGAGAAGGAUUUGGAUGGGGUGGAUUUAGUCGUCGCGUUAGGUGGAGACGGGACGACGUUGAUUGCCAGUCACUGGAUUAGUUCUUCUUUGUCUUCGUCGUCGUCCUCCUCCUCCUCUAGGAACGAUGGCGGCGAUGCGAAAUCAUCGUCACUCGCGAGCGAUAGGCCUAAAUUGAUCGGGAUAAACACGGACCCGGCGGUUUUAGCGCCGUGCUUAACGUUCACGAAAAAAGCCGAAGACGAGCGGCGGUCGACGGGAUGGUUGUGCGCGGCAGAUGCGAACGACGUGGAGGAUGUUUUGAAGGAGAUUUUGUUCGCGUCGUCGGAAGAUAAUAAUAAUAGUAGUAACGAAUGUAGCGAUAGCAUCAACGACGACGACAACAAAGAGAGCAGUAGAAAUAGCAGCGGCGUAAAUAGUUUGAUAAAACGGCGUCCAAUUCGUGCGAAUCGUAUUCGGAUAAAAGUAAACGGCAAGACGUGGAAGACGAUGCCGCUGGCGUUGAACGACGUGUUAAUUUGCCACAACUCGCCGGCGGCGUUGUCGAGGUAUUCGGUCUUGCUCGAAGAAGACGACUUGGUCAAUAAACCUCCAAAACACUCUGACGACGACGACGACAAAGACGACGAAGACGGAAAUAAGAAGAAAAAGUUCGAAGCGUACUACCACAUCCGCUCCUCCGGCCUCCGUUUAUGCACCGCGCUCGGCGCCACCGCCGCGAUGAAAUCCGCCGGAGGUUUCGCCAUGUCCCGCGACGACGCCCGCAUCCAAUUCCACGACCGAGAACCGAUAUAUUACGACCACGAACCAAAACCUCCCGGUCGCGGUCGAGGCUUUUACCAAGCGAACAAAACGACCAAGUUUCGAUGGAACACGCGAGUUGGAAAAAUCUACGUCGACGGCGCGCACGUGUGCCACCACAUUAAAAUCGGCGACGAAAUCGAAGUCGAGAGCGCGAUUGGCGACGAGGUGGAGAUUUAUUGCAGGAAUUUUAGGAACAUCGCUUUGACUUGA